AUGGUACUUGGAGUGUGCCUUGUAUUUUUCUCAAUAACACGCCAUAAGAGGAAUGCUAAAUUUUCACAUGACACAAAUUCAAUGCCUUUAGCAACAUGGAGGAGAAUCUCACAUCAAGAACUUAUUCGAGCAAUAGAAGGGUUCAAUGCAAACAACUUACUUGGAGAAGGAAGUUUUGGGUUUGUUUACAAAGGAACACUCUUAGAAGGUACAACUGUUGCUAUAAAAGUUUUAAAUUUGCAAGUAAAGGGGGCAUUCAAAAGCUUUCACAUAGAAUGUGAGGUAUUACGCAAUAUUCAUCUCCGGAAUCUUGUCAAAAUCAUUACCGCUUGUUGUAACAUGGACUUCAAAGCCUUGGUAUUAGAAUACAUGCCUAAUGGGAACCUAAACAUGUGGUUGUACUCUGAAAACCGUUGCUUGAAUAUGCAGUUACAAAGGCUAAAUAUAUUGAUUGAUAUGGCAACAGCAGUAGAAUACCUUCAUCUUGGUUACGCAAUGCCUAUUGUUCAUUGUGAUCUGAAACCUACCAAUGUCUUAUUAGAUGAAGAUAUGGUUGGAAAUAUCGCUAAUUUUGACAUCGCCAAACUCCUUGGUGAUUGA